AUGAAUCCCAACCUACCCAAGGCAGAUUUGAAUGAGGUAUGGGACGCGCAGCUGCAAAAAUGGCGUUAUCAGUGUGAAUACCUUGACAAGUGGCGCGAAUGGGAGGAACGGACGGGCAAGGAGCUUGACGCUAUCAUCGCCCCGGUGGCGGCGACAGCUGCAGUCCGCCACAACCAAUUCCGGUACUAUGGGUAUGCUACUGUCUUUAACGUGUUAGAUUACACCAGUGUUGUUGUCCCGGUUACCUAUGCAGACAAGGCGGUGGAUCACAGAUUGGCGGAUUAUCAGCCGGUUAGUGAUAUGGAUAAGGCGGUUUAUGCGGAGUAUGAUCCCGAGGUUUAUCAUGGCGCACCCGUUGCCGUGCAGAUUAUCGGCAGACGUCUUAGUGAGGAGCGGACCCUGGCUAUUGCGGACAUACCAUUUACGAGGCCACGCCGAGUAUUUCGCCAUUCAAAGCAGCUUAUACGUACCUAUUGGUUGUUCUGA